UGACGGGGGGAGGAGAGGAAGGGGUUCGGGUUGGUUUUCAAUGCUCGCCUCUGGUCUUGUUUGGGAUGUAAAUUACUAUAUGUAGGAAUCAUAGAUUGUAGAUUCGGAGAUCUAUUAAGCUCAUUUUUCCUUUCCUUCAAGGCUUUAUUUUUAUAUAAAUCGGAUGUAAUCAUCACCUUUUGAUUUGCAGAGUAUCGCUGAGGAAAUAAUUUUCUUUCGAAUUCUUCCUCACGAUUCUAGCUUUUUCCUUGUAAUUUUCUUGAGAAUAUUUGCUCCCUUUUAUCCCUCCUCUCAUGUCCAAUCUGGAAAAUGUAAAAAGAAAAAAAUUACCCUCUUUUAGAUCUCUCUUGUUGUCGGGGAUUUGAAGCUAUAUUGUGAAGGUUUAUUUUGGAGAUCUUGUUUACUGACUCCUGUUUACGGGGAGAUCUAUUUUCCUGGUUAAGUUUUUCACUUUUUGUCUGCUAUGGGGGCUUGAUCUGGGGAAUAUCAGUGUUAGAUCUGAAAUUCUUUCACGUCGUUGCCGUACUUUCUAUAGAAAGCACUAUAUUUUCUGCCUGCGCUUCGCCUCGCAACCUUUCGGGCCGGCAGAUGAAAAUUUUACGAAGUUGUCGAAAUCGGUAGGUGGAGGAUAAAGAUGAAUUAUUUUCCAGACGAGGUAUUAGAACAUGUUUUCGACUACGUGACGUCUCACCGUGACCGGAACGCUGUGUCUUUAGUGUGCAAAAGCUGGUACAGAGUAGAAAGAUGUAGUCGGCAGAGGGUGUUCAUAGGGAAUUGCUACUCGAUCAGUCCGGAAAGAGUGAUCCAGAGGUUUCCGGGUCUAAAAUCCCUAACUCUGAAAGGAAAACCACAUUUCGCGGACUUCAAUUUGGUUCCUCAUGAAUGGGGAGGCUUUGUGCAUCCAUGGAUUGAAGCGCUGGCUAGAAGCCAAGUUGGGUUGGAGGAGCUUAAGUUGAAGAGGAUGGUGGUCUCGGAUGAUAGCCUUGAGCUACUUUCCUAUUCGUUCCCAAAUUUCAAAUCUCUAGUUCUUGUUAGCUGUGAAGGGUUUACCACUGAUGGUUUAGCAGCCAUAGCUGCAAAUUGCAGGUUACUGAGGGAUCUGGACCUGCAAGAGAAUGAAAUUGAUGAUCACAGGGGUCAAUGGUUGAAUUGCUUUCCUGAUAGUUGUACAUCACUCGUCUCAUUCAAUAUUGCUUGUCUUAAAGGGGAUGUUAAUCUGGGGGCUUUAGAGAGGCUUGUUGCCAGAUCUCCUAAUCUUAAGAGCUUAAAGUUAAACCGUGCUGUACCCCUUGACGCCCUCCAGAGGAUAUUGAUGAGAGCACCUCAGCUGACAGACUUGGGUACUGGGUCCUUUGUCGAUGAUCCAGAUUCUGAGGCCUACUCCAAGCUAAAGCAUACGAUUUCAAAGUGCAGAUCAAUAACUAGUUUGUCAGGGUUUUUGGAGGCUGCUCCUCAAUGCUUACCUGCUGUAUAUCCUCUUUGCUCGAACUUAACAUCCUUAAACCUGAGCUACGCAGUAGGGCUUCAGGGCAGUGAUCUCAUAAAGCUAAUACGCCACUGUGUGAAGCUUCAGCGCUUAUGGAUAUUGGAUUCUAUUGGGGAUGACGGGCUCAGUGUCGUAGCUUCCACAUGUAAAGAUUUGCAGGAGUUGAGGGUUUUUCCAUCUCUUCCUUUUGAAGCUGGACCUUCAGCUGUGACCGAACGUGGAUUAGUGGCAAUAUCCGUGGGCUGUCCUAAGCUUCACUCAUUGCUCUAUUUCUGCCAGCAGAUGACAAAUGCUGCCCUCACAACGGUAGCAAAGAACUGUCCAAAUUUCAUUCGCUUUCGGCUGUGUACCCUUGAUCCCACAAAACCUGACGCUGAUACAAUGCAGCCCCUGGAUGAAGGUUUUGGAGCAAUUGUUCAGUCUUGCAGGCGUCUCAGGCGAUUGUCAAUGUCUGGUUUACUGACUGAUAAAGUUUUCCUGUAUAUUGGAACGUAUGCUGAGCAACUUGAAAUGCUCUCUGUUGCAUUUGCGGGAGAAAGUGACGAAGGAAUGCUCUAUGUGCUGAAUGGAUGCAAGAAAAUUCGCAAGCUUGAGAUAAGAGAUAGCCCUUUUGGCAAUAUGGCUCUUCUGAAGGACGUAGGGAAGUAUGAGACAAUGCGAUCCCUUUGGAUGUCGUCCUGUGAAGUGACCUUGGGAGCCUGCAAGACUUUAGCUAAGAAGAUGCCGAGAUUGAAUGUGGAGAUCAUGAGUGAAAAUGAACAAGAAUUUAAUCUGGAUGAUGGGCAGAAAGUAGAUAGGAUGUACUUGUAUCGUUCAUUGACUGGCAAGAGGAAGGAUGCUCCAGAUUUCGUCUGGACCCUGUAGGUGCAUCUUUAGGGUAUUUAAUUUCUGGUUAUUGGGCAGUUUGUACUUUAUUUUUGCAGACUAAUCAAAGGCAAUAGUAGCCGGGUGUAGCGGUUUUGUUAUAUUAGUUUAUCGCAUGCCCUCCCCGAUUUCAUGCGCCGGUA